AUGGCUCCAGCCUCUGCAGUACAAGGAGCAGACUCUGAUCCAGACAGAGGGUGGGGCUUGAGUUUUCUGCUGGGGACAGACUAUGAAAGGAAGAAACAGAAACUCAACCAGGAGCGUCAGCUGGAAUACCAACUUUACAUUGCCGAGAAAAAGGAAGUGAAAACCAGUGAACCUCGUCCAGAACCACAAGUUGUCUUCCUACCUGUUAUCGAGAAGAAAACCGCUCAGGAAAAGUUGAGAGAGGAGAGGAAGAAAGAAUUCAACCUCUUGCUCAAGGAAAAAGCUCAAAGCAGAACUCCUCCUAUUCCUUUUAAGCCUGGACAGGUGCAAUAUUCAGAUGCUGGACACAUUUCUUCUCCAGCUUCUCCCCUGCCCACCUCCAACCACCAAACAAACACGCCCCCUCCAAUCAGGAGGGUCACUGCCAAGAGAGAUACGGCCACGUGGACUGAGCCAGAGAAUAAUGGAAAAAGCGGAGGGCCCUGGAAUCUAACCCAACAUCGAUUUCGUCGGGACAAACAGGAGAUGGAGGCCCCUACUGUUCAUGACCAGAACAACAACGACUUGCUUUGGAACUCAGACCUGCACAUGCAAGACAGCAGGAGGAGGUCUGCAAGAUAUGGUCCUGUCACCAGCAAGGAUGAAGCUGAGUUUGCUACUGGAUUACUUAUUGGGGCAACAGAAGAGAAGGGGGCCUCUCAGAUGAGGAAAGAACAGUACAAGCAGGAGCUUCUGAAACAAAUUGCUGAGAAGAAGAGAAACAAGUUUAGGGAGAGGAACCUUGAGCUCAGGGCUGGAGCCACUGGAGCCACAGACCCUGAGCAGAAGGUAGAUCUGGAGGCCGAGGAGAUGGAACCCAAUCCACAGAGAGGGCCCCCGGGAAGGUUCCAGGUGGAGCCCAGCACAGCUCUCCGUCAGCUGCCAGGAAACACAGAGCCAGCACAAGGUGUCCCCUCACUGGGUUAUUUCAAUGAUGCCUACCACAGGGACUUUUCCAACAUGCUGGGAGAGGUGACCAUUCCGAGGGUUGCUGGUGUUCCACCUCCAAUUCCUCCCACUGUAAAUGAUAUUUACAGGACACCAUAUGAUGCAGCUUAUUAUUAUUAUGGUUCAAGAAAUCCACUGGAACCGAAUAAUCCUCAACAUCAAAAUCCUCAGCGUGGAUGGGUGCAGCCGCCUGGGACUCUCUAUCCUCCUCUGAUACCUGGUCGCCGCACUGAUGCAUCUGCCCUUGCUAUUGGAGAGUUUCCUGAAGACAAGUCCAAGAAAUGGAGAGAGAGUGAAGUGAGUCACCAGGAGGCCCUCAAGCAGCAGAUCCAAGGAAGUGAGGAGCGUAAAAGAAGAGAAAAAGAAGAGAAGUUGCGAUAUGAGGCUGAGACGGAAGCUGAGAUGUUGGUGUACAACCCCUGGGGACGAAGCGGGGGAGGCGCUCCGAUUAAAGACCAAAAGGGCAAUCUCAUCAGCGACUUAAGUCAAAUGCACAGGAUCAACAUGGAGCUGUACAACAAUCCUGCUCUCAAGAAUCGUGAGCAAAACCUCUCAAUGAGGAAUGGGGACACUCUCGCUCCCCUCCCUCAGCGGAUACCAGUUUUAAAUGAUCAACCAUCUCCACAGCGACUCAACCAGCAGGAAUCAUACAUAGUGGACCUGAAACAGCAGAUGGAGGAAAACAGGAGAAAGAAGGAGAAGGCGACAGAAAGAAAGAAGAUGGAGGAGGAGAACGAUAUGAGGAGGAUAGUGGAGGAAUGUGCCCGCCUCCAGCAGAAAUAUGAAGAGGAGCAAAGAAGGCACAAAGAGAAGCAUAAGGUAAACAGCAGUUCCAAUCAACCUGACACACAUUUGCAGAAGAAGGAAAAGAAGGUGAAGCAGGAACAAGAGACGGUGGAAGAGGUGCCUCGGAGCACCAGAGACAGAGAGGAGGAGAAAACCACUCCUCACGAGCAGCGAGAGAAGUCUCCUCCCAUCCCAACCCUGCGGAGGAAGACACACAUUGUGGCAUCCAGACCUUCCUCUGGGAUAGAAGAAAGCAAGAGAGAGGAGGUGAACCUGAGAGAACAAAUGAGGAUUUUGGAGGAAAAGACCCAGAAGCAGGAAGAAGAGACGGAGGAAAAGGUGCCUCGGAGCACCAGGGACAGAGAGGGGGGGAGCACACCUUUGAGUUACAAGCAGCGAGAGAAGUCUCCUCCCAUCCCAACCCUGCGGAGGAGGACACAGUUUGUGGCAUCCAGACCUUCCUCUGACCGGGAGCGCACUGCGUGGGCACCACACUCAGUCCCUGGGAAAAUGGCCCCACCGCCACGAGGUAAGACUGUCCUAGCCCAAACUUCUAAAAAUCAAAUCCAUCCAUGUCCCUACUCACUCCCCCCUCUGCUUGGUCUAUCCCCGAAAGAUGAAGUGAUCCGAGAGCUGUCAGUCCUUCGCAGGCACCUGAGGAAAGAGCAAAUGCAACUGGAGGCCCAGAUGAAGCAAACAGAUCGACAGGAGAGCAGCCACCCUCCCUCCAUCAGGAGCAGCAGACGACCCAGAGCGGCUGCAGCUGUGCACGGGGAGGCCGAGCUGCCGUCCACGUCCAGAACCGACCCAGUCCCUGCUCCAGUUAACACAAAAAACCCCUGUGAGUUCAACAAGCUUAAAUACAGGGACUCGUCAUCUCGUGAGGAGGCUCUCCAGAUGUACCCCGACAACCCCCCCACUGGUGUACAGACUCUGGACGUCCAGCAGCAGGCCCUCCUCCAAGAGUAUAGACGCCAAAUCGGCCUCAUGAGGAUACGAGAACAUGCUGACCGUGACCUCUGGAAGGUGUAUCUGAACUGUUAUCAUCACGCGAACAAACCUUCGCCCCUCGUCCUGAAGGACUCCUUGUUUCCAUCUCAGUCACCUUUUACAGGUGGUUACACUGGGGACGUGUGUGGACAGCAGGCUAAUCGGGUGGGAUCCCCUCGGCCGUCAACGGAGCACCAAGAGAGGACGACCCGACGAAGGAGACGAGCUAUUUUCGUGAAUCAGAGGGAGCCAGACGUUGAGCCAGACGUUGAGUCUCCGAAGUUGCCGACCAGCCAGAACGAGGGGCUGUCCCUUGACGAAGAGGACUUCUGGUCUCUGAGGUCUGCCCCGGAGAGGCGUGUCUCUGUGGAGAGCGUCGCCACAGAGCCCUGGCUGCGGCCUGGCACUUCGGCUUCUUUGAGAGGCUCAGCCUGUAGAAAGAGGCUGGAUACUCCAUCGCCCGGCCUCACACACCGUGUCACGUAGCUCGUGUCCAAGGAGGGAAAACUGCACCUGAAGUUUGCUGACCUCUCUUCUCUAUAUGUACAAGUGGUGGACAAUAAAAGGCUUAAUAGAUAACAGAGUCCGUGGGUAAGAA